AUGUGUGUUUCAAAUAUUCCAAUUAUUGUUAUUUACAUAAAAACAAAAAUGUUUGCGAGCCGGUAUUUGCUGUCUUUAAAAAAAAUAUCUUUAAUUUUACCUGUUGAGAAUUGUAAAAGACUUUUAUUGCGAAGAGAGACACAUUCUGUACCAAAAGCUUUGCGUGCGACGAAACCAAAAUCUAACAGAAAGGAGCCGAUUUAUUUUGUGGAUUCAAAACAAGUACAUGUUACCGGUGGAAAGGGAGGCGAUGGCUGCAUCUCAUUUUUACAACUUUGGUGCAAUGAAAGAGCCGGCCCUGAUGGUGGUGAUGGCGGUAAUGGUGGUCAUGUAAUUUUUCAAACCUUUACUGAUGUACGUAACUUCAAUCACAUACUAAGUAAAAUACGAGGUGUGGCCGGAGAAAAUGGUCGAAGUGAGCAUUGUCAUGGCAAGAAUGCGCAACACACAAUUGUAAAAGUUCCAGUGGGGACAGUGGUACGAAAUAAAGUGGGCCAAAUUGUGGGCGAUUUAAGUGAAGUAAAUAUUAUGUUUGUAGCUGCUCGCGGUGGCGUUGGUGGCAAGGGAAACAAAUUCUUUGCGACUUCAAUACAAAAAAGUCCAAAAAUUUCUGAAUAUGGUCCUGAGGGCGAAGAAUUUACAUACAUUCUAGAAUUGCGUACUAUGGCUGACGUAGGUUUCAUUGGGCAUCCAAACGCAGGUAAGAGUACUUUGCUGAAUGCAAUAACUCGUGCCAAGCCGAAAGUGGCUCCAUACGCAUUUACAACACUUCGUCCCUACGUUGGUAUGGUGCAAUACGAUGACUUUACUCAAUUGGCAAUUGCGGACUUACCUGGUUUAAUACCAGGUGCACAUCUGAAUAAAGGACUCGGAAUACAGUUCCUUAAGCAUGCAGAGCGAUGCAAAGUGUUACUUAUUGUGCUGGAUGCAAGUUUGGAUAAUCCUUUCCUGCAGUACGAGCAACUUAUGUACGAAUUAACAAAAUUCAGCAAAAACUUAGCAGAACGUCCAAAAAUAAUCGUGGCAAAUAAAAUUGAUCUUCCCGAUGCUAAAAAUAAUUUGCAAGCACUUCAAAAUGAACUUAAAGAAAAAGUAAUACCUAUUAGUGCGAAAACUGGUACAAAUCUUGCUGAAUUGUUAACAGUUAUGCGCGAGUAUUAUGAGUUGUAUAAAUAAGAAAAUUACUUGUUAUAAAUCAAUGUUUAUUGUUAUUCAUUCAUUCAGUCAUUUGUAAAUAAAACUAAGAGCUUAAGUUCAAAGUUAAGUAGUAGUAUAUAAUUGAA